AUGACUCCCAUGAAGGAUGACAUUGUGCCACAAUUGACUAUGCAAGAGAAAAGUUCCUUGCCAUUAAAAAAUGUGGCAAAAAUCAUGAGAAAAGGUUUACCACCACACAUAAAAAUCUCUGAUGGAGCAAAAGAGCUUGCUGAACAAAGUGCCUCAAAGUUCAUUAGCAUGGUAACCAAAAAAGCCACUGAACGUUGCAUAAAGGAGUCAAGAAAAAUUUUAGGUGCUGAAGAUUUACUAUGGGCCAUGAUGAGUUUAGGUUACCAUAACUAUGCUAAGGGCUUGAGCUUCUAUCUCCAACGUUAUCGUUAUAGUAAUGGGAUUAUGCCUAGGCAGCUGGUUUGUGAGAUUCCUAAGCACACCUUACCAUCACCACCUGUUGCUCUUGAGCCAAACUCUUGGAUGAAUGGAAAAAGUUCUAUUGAGAUAGAUGAAGAAGUGAACAUUGAUGAGUUUUGGGAUGAACUGAGUGAUUUGGGGGAUGGUUCUUUAGGCUCUUGUUCAGCAGAUUCUGAUCCUUCUACAUUGUUUAAUAUUGGUGCCAUGUUUGAUGAAAGCAUUGAUAAAAUGAAGCAAUAG